GAAAUCAAAGACGGAAAACGAAUCCAAAAUUUCGUCCCGCCGGUGAAAAAACUGGGAAGAAACGAGCCCUACAGUCCUUGCCUACAUUACUUAGCUCCACUUUGAUCGACUCCAUUACCGGCUAUAGAUUCCGUUGUAUUGGAAAUGGGAUAUGUUUUGUAGAAUGCUAUGGAUGCUUUUGAUACUUGGUGGAAUUUAUCUGUCUAAUUUGCUGUUUAAAGAAGGGAGAAGCCUACUUAUUUGACAAAGUCAUAUCCUUGUUGGAGUAAGUGCUAAAGCAAGGAGAAGUUGUCCAAAGGAAUAAGAAGGUUCUUUUAGUUGAUAAUAAUUCAAUCCAUCUAGUCAUGGACGAAUACAAAAGAAAUUCUCUCAAGCAACGCUCGAACCCCCAAUUCAAGAGGAAGGGAGGCAGUAAAAAUGCAAAGUUGAAUUUUUCUAGUCAUGAACGGUCAUCUGAAAAUUCUCAGAAUUCAGAUACUACCUAUUGUAUACUUUGUCAAUCCAAAAAAGUUGGUAGUGUAAUUGGAAAAGGUGGUAGCAUAAUCAAAGCCUUGAGAGAGGAAACUCAAGCAAAGAUUACAGUUGCUGACAGUGUUCCUGGUUCUGAUGAUAGAAUAGUAAUCGUCUCUAGUUCCUCUACGAAACUAGCUAGGAGACAGAAUAAUGACAAAAACAAUGAUAAUCCAGAGACAGGGGAAGAAAAUUGUUCCAUGGAGCCACAUUGUGCUGCGCAAGAUGCUCUGUUAAAAGUUCACUAUAGGAUUGUUGAGGAAGACUUGCAGGGAGUACAAAGUGAGGAUAAGAGUGAAACUGUAAUAAUCACGCGUCUCCUUGUUCCGAACAAUUUGGUUGGAUGCCUUUUAGGAAGAAAAGGCGAUGUUAUUCAGAAAUUGCGAAGUGAGACUGGGGCUAGCAUUCGUGUCCUUUCUGCUGAGCAUUUGCCCGCUUGUGCUAUGACCACUGAUGAAUUGGUCCAAAUAUCAGGCAAACCUGCUUUAGUGAAAAAAGCCUUGUAUGAAGUAUCAACUCUGUUGCAUCAGAAUCCUCGCAAAGACAAACCUAUCUCGAGUUUCCCUAUGGUACAUGGUGCUCAAGGUUUUCACCCCCCUGGUCCUCCCAUGGAAAAUAUGAUUCCUCCAGGAAAACCAAUGUGGUCUCAAAGUAAAACUAAUUUAAAUGGUAUGCCGCCUGCAUUAGGGGUGGGAGGCUAUAGGAACCAGCUUACUGGAUUUGGCCGUGCAGAUUUUGAUUAUGGUCCUCCCCCUAGUGCUGGUGAAGCUCCAGGUGAUUUCACCAUGAAAAUUCUGUGCUCAGCUGCAAAAAUUGGCGGUGUUAUAGGCAAGGGAGGCUUCAAUGUAAAACAACUUCAGCAGGAAACAGGAGCGGGUAUACAUGUUGAGGAUGUCGCACCCGAAUCUGAUGAAAGAGUUAUUCGUGUCUCCUCUUUGGAGUCUUUUUGGGAUCCCAGAUCACGAACUAUUGAUGCCAUUCUUCAACUUCAAAGUAAAACAAGUGAAUUUUCUGACAAAGGAAUUGUCACUACGAGGCUUCUUUUUCCCUCAAAUAAGGUUGGCUGCAUUAUUGGACAAGGAGGACAGGUUAUCAAUGAGAUGAGAAGGAGAACGCAGGCGGAUAUUCGUGUUCUUUCCAAGGACGAUAAACCCAGAUGCGCAUCUGCAGAUGAAGAGCUUGUGCAGAUAUCUGGAAGCAUCGGUGUUGCAAAAGAUGCCUUGGUUGAGAUUUCUUCAAGGCUCAGAGAAAGAUGCCUUAGGGAUGCAAAUAGUAAAGUGGAGUCUACUCCUGUUAGGCCACUUCCUGGAUUUGUUCCUUCAGAGGAUUUUCGAAGUGGAGACCCACAACGUUCAGGUGCGAUGGGGGCUGGUAGCUCUAGAAGAUAUGAACAUUUGAAGGGUGCUGUUCGUGAAUUUGACCAUCCAAGUUAUCCAGAUCUUCCCAUUGCCACUAGAUUCUCAAAUAUCCGUAGUCCCCCAGAGAUGAAGUUUCCAGACCAUUCUUAUGGUUCUGCAAAAGGAACAGGAGGGUACAACAUUGAUGAGUUUGCUGGAAGAAGUGCAAGAUUUCAGGAUCCUCGUUCUGUUGGACCUGGAUUCAUUGAUGAUAUUCGGGGUGCUCCAGAUCAUAUGAAUGCUGGGCACAACGUUUUUCACGGGUCCUCCGAGAAUUUGAAUGCUGGGCGACCUACUUUUCAAGGAUACGGGUCUCCUGCUGGACAGAGCAGCAACAUUCAGCAAGGCGCUUACCACCAGAAUUAUGCUGCUCAACAAAGUGCUUAUCAAAGUUAUCCAGCUAAAGGUGGCUACCCUAGUGGUAGUCCUUCCCAAUUGCCUUACCAGAACCCUAAUCCUCAUCAAGCUCCAUAUCAAAACAUCAACUCACAGCAGCACCAGCAGGCGCCACCGCCAUACCAGAAUAUGGCUGCACAAGGCUCCUACCAUUAUUGAUUCUCAAUACUGAGUUACUCAAAAUACCUAUGGCGGGUUUUGUACAAUAAUUUAAUCUCGUGUUGUGCUAUAGUUGUUGCUGAAGUGUCAGUCAUAGUGAUCUAACUUAUUGCAUUUGAUGGUUAAGAGUAUCGUUGAACACAGGUUAAGUAGUUGACUGUUUGGCAAUAUUUUCAGAGACCUCGCUUUAGGUUUUUUCUGCAGCAUUCAACUUCCUUGUGGUUUAAGGUGUUGCAGUUAUCUGCCUAAUUUGAUUUCUUUGUAAUGAGAUUGUUUUCAAAUGACAAAAAUUUCCUUAGUAUUCCUAAA